AUGGAUGCAAAGCCACAGCGCUUCCGAGUCGUUGGGGAUGAGAACGUGCCCCCUUCGUCUCUGCAUCAAAAUCAUAAGGUCAUCCACCAGCGCAACAAAUCGAGCCCCGCUCUGAGUAUGAUGGCCCAGAACAAUGCUGGCCGACGCGCAUUCGUCGAUGUUAGCAACACCAAGGAUAUGAACCGAGCUAGUCGGGAUGACUCCGCCGUUGGUGGAAAGCCUGCUCUAGUUGAGGUUAAGGCUCCUGGACUGUCCCAGCCAGCCCAACGUCGCAUGACCUUGGCAGGAACUAAGGGUGUUAUUGAAAGCGUUGCCACAACAAAGCCUAUGAACCCCGCCGGUAAGGCCCAACCGGCGUAUAAAUCGAAGCGAAACAACGCCGUAUUCAAAGACCAAUUGCAUACCGUUCCCGAGAAAACUGCAUCCAAGGAAACCAACACAGACACAGAUGCCAAGACCAGCCACAAGGGAGUGGAGAAAGGGCGUCAUUUGAAUAGUAUUGUAGUGCGGCCUUCAAACGUGCUGAACGUUGAUACCGCCAGCCUCGUGGAGUCUGAUGCCACCGUUUCCGAGACCGAAGAUCUGAAAGAGUACACAUACACAUACGUCAAGGAACCCGUGCCGGCGGUAUCUGAGCCCGAGGAAUGGGAUGGGGAUGAUACCGAGUACAAUGUUGCACCCUUCUACUCCUUCCGUGGGGAUAACGCCGACGGAACCACCGUCAUUUAUCCAUGCAUGAGCAAUGUGACCACUCGUGAGAUGUUCCGGGCGAAAGACAUCGUCGAAAGCGAACAGACACCAGAAGAUAUUGAGGAGGAACUUUUAGAUACGACCAUGGUCGCGGAGUAUGGCGAUGAAAUUUUCCUUCAUCUAAGAAAGAAAGAGAUCGAGAUGCUUCCGGUUCCCGAUUACAUGGCCCGUCAAAGCGAACUCCAGUGGUCCAUGCGCGCGGUUUUGAUGGACUGGCUUGUUCAAGUUCAUGGGCGCUUUAACUUGCUCCCUGAAACUCUGUUCCUCACAGUAAACUACAUCGACCGUUUCCUGUCGUACAAGGUAGUUUCUAUGGGCAAAUUGCAGCUUGUUGGGGCGACAGCAAUCUUCAUUGCUGCAAAAUUCGAAGAGAUUACAGCCCCGUCCGUGCAAGAGAUCGUUUACAUGGUUGACGGUGGAUAUUCCGUCGACGAGAUUCUGAAGGCAGAACGGUUCAUGCUCACCAUCCUCGACUUUGAUCUUGGAUGGCCUGGCCCUAUGAGUUUCCUUCGCCGUAUUAGCAAGGCUGAUGAAUACGACCUUGAAACUCGUACUGUUGCCAAAUACUUCCUUGAGCUGGCUAUUAUGGAUGAGCGCUUUGUCUGCACUCCCCCUAGCUUUAUUGCUGCUGGAGCCCAUUGCCUGUCUCGCAUGCUGCUUAACAAGGGCAACUGGACACCGGCACACGCAUUUUACAGUGGUUAUCUUUAUUCCCAGCUGAUUCCAGUACUCGUCACACUGAUGGAAUGCUGUGAGAACCCUCGCCGCCACCACGCCGCCAUAUUUGAAAAGUAUUCGGAUCGUCGUUUCAAGCAUGCCUCGAUCUUUGUCGAAACUGGGCUUGCCUCCGACUUUGUUUUGCCCGAGCCCUCUGAUCUCAAUGAUCCAGAUCGCUUGGACGGCUAUGCAAACUACUAA